AUGGCGGCUAGUUUGGCACGAGUGUUACGAAUUUCCACUCGAAGAAGUUGGAACUUACGUAGUUUACCGUCAUAUCGGAGCUAUACAAUUGCCGGUGAAGACCACGGAACUGAUGGGAAAACGUCUGAUUUUGGUUUCACAAAAGUUACGAAAGACAGUCACGGGGAACUUGUGUCUAUGGUUUUUAAAAAUGUGGCCAAUAGAUAUGAUUUAAUGAAUGAUGUAAUGAGUUUUGGAAUACACAGACUGUGGAAAGAUAGAUUUAUGGAAGUAUUGAAUCCAAUGCCUGGAACAAGAUUGUUAGAUGUGGCCGGUGGAACAGGUGAUAUUGCAUUUCGGUUUAUAGACUAUAUUAAAAGACAAGGAGGUUUAAUGGGACCUCUGCGAACCAAACUCCAUGAUGUGGAAACCAGUAGCUCAUCUGAAUCAUCAAGUUCAGAUUCAGAAUAUAAUAUUCAAGAAACAGAAAAAUUUUCUAAUGUCACUCUUGUCGAUAUUAAUGAGAAAAUGGUGAAAGUAGGAAAACGAAGAGCAAGAAAAGAGGGCUAUGACCAAGGUAUAUCAUUUAUUGUCGGUGAUGCUCAGGAUUUGCCAAUAGAAGAUGAAUCUGUUGAUGCUUAUACAAUAGUAUUUGGAAUUAGAAAUGUCACGGAUGUUCCCAAGGUAUGUCUUAUUGUAAAGGUUGUAAAGUUGUAUUUGGAGACAAUUCAUAGAGCCUUAUGGGGAUCUUUUUUGUAUGAUGCUUAUUCACUGCAAGUCAUUCCACCUUUGGGAGAGAUUUUUGCUGCCGAUUGGAAAUCAUACAAGUAUUUAGUAGAAAGUAUAAGAACAUUUUACAAUCAGGAGCAGUUCAGUACACUAAUGGAAGAAACUGGAUUUAGAAAAGUACAUCAUGAAGAUAUAAAUAUGGGUAUUGUGGCUAUAUAUUCUGGAUUCAAACUAUGA